AUGCUGCUACUUUGUCCAAAAGUAUUUCUGAAUAUAAUCAGCUGGUUUUUUUUAAAAAACGUCUUUUGCACGGUAGAUUUAAAUGCAGCUGAGCUGCAAUACCUAGCCGACCACUUAACUAGGGAAGAGUGUAGACAGUUGGUUGCAGCUGCUCAUUUGAAAGGUUACGAAGAACCGCCGAUCUUGGAUCAGGUCGAAAGGACAAUAUCCAAAGACUUGCCAUGUAUAGAACUGUUGCAUCAUUGGAAUUCGCAAUCAGGCGAGGGAAAAGGUGAAACUCACGAAAUUUUAGAGCACCGUUUGAGGCAAAUAGGUAAAGACGCUCUGGCAGAUUGGCUAGGUAAAACCGUUUUCCACGAAAUCGGCAAAGAUUUAAACGACAGUUUGGAGAAAGGGUUUAAAGGGUUUGUAGCCGAGACGAGAGUUAGAUUUAAAAAGGCGGAAAGUUACAACAUUAUAGAUGAAACUUCAGAUUCAGAGUCGGAAGACAAAUUUGAUGUACGUGAAUAUACUGAUAAAGUAAAUUUAUCAUCGGAAGGGGAUAGUUAAUAGAAAAUAAACUAAAUUAAUUUUAACUUACAUAUAUUAGGUUACAAAAAGAAAAUACAUG